AAAUCAUUGAUCAGGCAAUAUUUAUGCCAUGAUACUUUUAGUUUAUCAGUUAUUUUUCAUUUUAACAAAUACCCUCUUUUGUAAGGCUGUAAGAAAUAAAAGUAGCAUUAUUCCUAAUCUUCGAAUAGUUGGAGGGCACACGGUAAAUAUCAUCAAUGCACCAUUUAUAGCAUCUUUACAGAGAAGAAGAGGGAGGUUUGCACUUCAUAUAUGCGGAGCUGUUAUAAUAACAAAAACAUAUUUAUUGACAGCUGCUCAUUGUAUAACUGAUUAUGACCGUAGGAAGAAGAAAGGAUAUUCAGUAGCAUUGCCGAAAAAUUAUUUAAUAAGUUGUGGAAGCAGUUAUACAGAAAGAGGAAUUAUUAAAAAUAUUCGAAAAUUUUUCGUUCACUCAGAUUAUGAUCCUACAGAAUUAUUUUGUGAUUACGGAGCCAUUGCCGUAUCAAGUGAUAUUGCAUUCAACGGAAAAACUCGACCUGCUAAAUUACCCGAAGGAAACUUCACAGAAACUUCAGAUUUGCUCGAUCAAUAUACGAAAGACAAAAUAGAAUGUAAAGCUUACGGCUGGGGAGCCACUACCGCCAGAUCUCACACCGGUUUGAAGGUUGUAGGAUUGCAUCUGUUGAAGACAGAAGUCUGUCAGAAGAUACUCGCAGCAAAACUUAUGGGAAGAAUAAAUGACGAAAUUCAGUUAUGUACUCUGGAAGAAAAGGGAAGGAAAGACGCCUGUCAGGGUGACUCCGGAGGACCAUUAUCCUGCUACGGCGUGAUCUGGGGCCUUGUAUCCUGGGGCGAAGGAUGCGCUAGACCUGGGAAUCCUGGAAUCUUCGCUAGAACGGAUGUAGCUAAAAAGUGGUUAGAAGAAGUUGUAUUCCAAAUGUCUCUUAAUUCUGAUUCAUCGAUGCGAACUAAUGUAAUUUUUUGGAAACAAAAAAACAUUAUUAUUUUAAUAUUAAACGCUUGUUUCAUUCUACGCAUAACUGAAUACUUGUCAAAAUGAAAUAAAAGCAGUGUUUGAUAAGCAAUAU